GGAUUCCGCUGGGCUACAAAGCUUGACACUUUCUUCCACAUCGGGAGAGAUGCGCGGGCUACAUUUCACAACUCCCGCUUUCCCUAACCGUCUUCUUCAUCUUCUCUCAUCUUCUUCGUCUUCAUCUUCACUGUUCUUCUUUUCCCUCGUUCUGCGUCCUUCUCUUCGGUUUGAUCCUCUUUCCAAUUCUCUCUAUUCUACAGUUACUCCUAGUCGCAAUGGGAAAUUGGAUGAACAAGGAGCCUCCGCCUCCUAUGGUUCUCGUUCCGCCGCUCUUCGAUUAUCCUCCGCUUGCUGCUCGUACCAGGAUGUUGGAGUCAUCAUAUAAUCUGCUGUUCGGGAAGCUUGCUUUAAAAUGUCUUUUCGAGGAAUAUUUCGAUGAGGCAAGGCAUUUUAGCACAGUGAUCAUGCUUAAGCCCAUUGAUGACCCUCACGUGGAUUUAGUCGCAACUGUAUCAGGUCCACUCGAUCAUAAACCUGAGGAGAUCAUAGGGAAUGCACUGUUUCGAUGGCAAAGUGGCAUUGAUGAUCCCCAUACAUUUAUGGACCUCUAUGUAUCGAACUCUGAUCCGGUUUUACAAUUGAGAUCAUGUGCAUACUACCCCAAAUAUGGCAUUGGAGCUUUUGGUAUUUUCCCAGUCAUACGGAAGAAAAGAUUAUGUUCUGAGGACUUUGGUCUAAUGGGGCUCAGAUAUGGCUCAAGGAAUCUGUCAGUUGGAGUCACACUUAUGCCUUUCUCCUCGAAAGAUGAACUACCUAAAAGUGCAUGGCUGGUCAGCAAGAUGGGGAGGCUAACUACUGGAGUGCAGUUUGAGCCACAAUUGCCGAGAGCACCAUGGGUUCUCAAGCUUACAUGCAAAAGUGAAUUAGGAGCAGUUACUCUUCGGCCACAAGUUGAAAAGGAAGAUGAGCGUCAUAGUGGUGGACUCUUGCCAAAUAACCAUUGUAGUUAUGUCUUUUAUAAUAAUUUAUUCUUCGAACAGGAUAAUAUAUGGCUCUUGAAAUGUUAUAUAUUCAUUAAUGCAGCUACUGAGAAGUUGCGUACUGAUUUCAUUUUGCAGUUCAUUGCUUCAUUCUAUCAACAUGUGGUGGUUCAACGGAGGGUGAAGAACCCCCUUGAAGAAAAUGAAAUUGUCGGAAUCACAAAUUACAUUGACUUUGGCUUUGAGUUGCAGACUAGAGUUGAUGACGUGAAACCAGAAAAUAAUAUUCCCGAUUCCACUUUUCAAAUAGCAGCAUCAUGGCAAGCGAAUAAAAAUUUCUUACUGAAGGGGAAGGUGGGCCCUCUUAGCUCCUCACUUGCUAUGGCAUUCAAGUCAUGGUGGAAACCUUCAUUUACUUUCAGCAUCUCAGCUAUCAGGGAUCGUAUAGUUGGAAAAACUGCAUAUGGAUUUGGCAUCCGUGUUGAAAAUCUUAGAGAGGCCAGUUAUCAAAGAGCUGAUCCAAACUUUGUGAUGCUUACACCAAGCAAGGAACACCUGGCUGAGGGCUUGAUUUGGAAAAUUGGGAAGAGACCGAUGCUGCAGUCGGAUAUAAAUGCUGGAAAUUUUGAUGGCAUUCCGAAUGAAUUAAGACCCUUGGACAAGAUUUUGUGAACUUUUUCCCCUGUCAAGUUUCUACCUGACACAAGCAAACGUGGCUUCUUAUCCUGAAGAACAGAAGAUGGUUCCCUUGUAAUUUUGGAUUAGAAUUAACUCUAGUGUAGGAAUUCAAAAAAAUGUUAAUUCUUUCCCUCUUCUGGCGUCUUCCACUGACAAGGAGAGGCGUAGAGUGGGAAGUAGUUGUCAGGAAUUAAAAUGAUAUUUUUAGACAGUCAGGUGAUGGCCAGUUAUCUGUUUUUUCCUCGUAUGUGCUUUGUCUUCGCAUUUUGUCGAGUUCAUAAGGUUCUGGCCAUCAGGAUAGCCUAAAUGUGUUAUUCUAAACUAAAAAGUUCUGAAAUUUUUUCCAAAUGCUUUUCGUUU